AUGAGGAGUUCACAGAGCCGUGCAAGGGAGCUACUGCAAUACAACGAGUACCGUGACCCAAAAGUUUCUCAAACUGGUAUCAAAGUCAGAACAGGAUGGAAAUCGAGGGUGGCAGAGGCUGUGGAAGCAGCUGAAUCCCGACUUAAGCACAGUGUGCUAGUGGGUGUGGUAGCCAAGGGAAAGACCUGCAUUUGGAAGGAAUUUGAAGGUUCUGAAGCUCAGAGUUCCCAACUGUGGCCCUUCAGUGUCCUUGAGACACCUCCCAGCAUGCCUUGCAGUCAUAUUGAACUGGAGUUACGGUUGGCUGUCCCUGGAAUGCAGGAUGACUACUACCUCAACCUUCUUGCCUGGAGUGAGCAGAGUCUGGUAGCCCUGGGUUUGGGCUCCACUGUAUAUGUAUGGAAUUCUGAGGUCCAAGCACUGCAGGGGAGCCUUCAUGUCAGACCGCCAACCACUUUGGUGUCCUUUACUUCCUCUUUAUACUCCUGGUCCUCUAUUUCUUCUGUUGCCUGGAGUAAAGAUGGCCACAUUCUUGCCAUUGGGAAACAUGAUGGAGAGAUACAGCUGUGGGAUGUGGAAUACAAGAGCAACAUCAGGAAUGUAACAGGACAUUUGUCAUUGGUGGGAUCUCUCAGCUUUAACCAACAGAUCCUCAGCAGUGGCUCGCUCCUGGGAUUCAUCCAUCAUCAUGAUGUUCGGGUGGCCAUACCCGUGGUUGGAUGGAUUCAGCAACAGAAAGGCAUAUGUGGAUUACAGUGGUGUCCAGAUGGUACCAAGUUGGCCAGUGGUACCUCUGAUGGUCUUCUCAGCAUCUGGCCUAAUGAUCCUGGCACCACACAGAAGUGCCUGCCUUUGUUAACUAGACAGCAUCUAACGGCAGUCAAAGCCCUUUGCUGGUGUCCUUGGCAGCUGGAGCUUCUUGCAGUGGGCGGUGGCAGGCAGGACAGGACUUUGAGGAUUUGGGAUACGUGCACAGGAGUGUGCCUGCAGUCAGCUCAGUCAAACUCACAGGUAUGUUCAUUGUGCUUUUUGCCACGGAGUCAAGAGAUUCUCACAGGCCACAGUCUUCCUCAUUACCAUGUCAGCAGUUGGAAGGUUCCCACUCUCACCCAGCUAGCUGAACUCCAUGGUCAUAAAGGCCGUGUCCUGCAUAUCGCGCCGAGUCCCUGUGGAACCCGUGUCUUCACAGCUGGGUCGGACCAUCAGGCCUGUGUUUGGAAACUUUCGGACCAGUUCAGUGAGCAAUUAGAGGAGACCGAGUAAUAGUUCUUCCACUGCAUAAUAUCAUAAUGGCAAAUUAAAGAUGGGGUCAUAAACACACUCACAGGUAUGCACUUGAACAAGCUGAAACAUGCAUGCUUUGACUCAUUGCACGCCCCCACUAGUGCAGACAUAAGAUU